AUGUCUACAGGUCAGACUUGGAAAUUAAAACGCUAUGGACGAUUUGUCCAGCGUGCAAACCAAACAGGAGGAAACUCUUGGAAGAUUUAUGAGGCAAAGGACAACAAACCGGAAAUUGUCCUAACAUUGUUGGACUCUGGAUUUUUAUUGAUAACACAAGGACAGGAAAGCUUGGAUGCCAUACAUUUGAGCGCUGGCCCCGAUGCUCUUAAAAUGCAACACAGAUCUGAUAACUUGAUGUUUCAAUUGACUGUAAAGGGGGAGAGCCGCAUGAUAAGGAUGCAGUUUGAUGGAAGCAGCACAGCAGAAACCAUAAAUCAGUGUUCAAGCGCUGUGGAAAAACUGAUGGAGUACGUACCUGUCAGCGCCCUGGGUGGCGCCUCAGUACAUCCAAAUCAGCCCCCCACUGAAGUCCCUGCACCAGGAACACAGCUGUCUUGUCAGGAAAAGACUGUGGGGGAAGAGGUUGUUCAGGGAGCUGUAUCUAUCAAGCAACUUACCCAGCACUUCCUGGGAGACGCCUCUGUGACUCUCCCGCAAAUCUAUAACCACAGUUCUUUGGCAGAAGGCGACUUGGAGCCAUUUCUGCGUGUUUGUCUGCUGGACCCCAGCUUCCCUGCAUUUGUAGAGAAGGUAGAGAAGGAGCUCAAGAAGCUAAUUGAAGAGUAA